AUGAUCUGGUCGACUUGGCUCCGAGAGCACUGCCCGGCUGGAGCGACAGCACCGCAGUCGCCGGCACCGGCACCACCCAAGCAGGAUGAGGAUGAAGUGCCGUCUUCCUGCAUACCUUUGCGCUUCGGUCGAUCACAGAUCGUCAAAGCCAGCCCAGAGGCCAUUGCACCGCUGCCCCAUGGCGAUGACGGCACCGAAAGUCCAUGCGGACAGCCAGGCGUGCUCAACUCGAUCAAGUGCUGGUUUGGCUGGGGCAAAAAGCCAUGGCCGCUUCCUCCCGACGAUGUUUUCUACGGCAUCAAGCUGACGCCAGACGAUCUGAAGGACUACGAGCUUGGACAAGUGGUCAAGUCGCGCGAAAUCUUCCUCACGCCAUUCUUUGGUCUGGAUGCUGAUGGCUUAAAGGCUUGGCAGCUGCUCUUCGUCACCACUGGUGGUCCAAAAGCUAGCCCUUACAAGCAAGUCACGGUCACGACCAUCAUCGUCCCGGCCAAUAGCAAGGGCGACAGAGUGAUCGCCUACCAGCCCAAGACAAAUUCUGCCAGCUCGCUUUGGCGUACCUCGUACGCUCUACGUGCCGGUGGCAGCCAAUCCAGCAAUUCCAUGUCCGAGCUGGUAUUUCUAGGACCCAUGCUCGAUCGUGGCUGGAUCUGCGCCGUUUCGGAUUACCUGGGCCAGAACGACGCUUUUGGCGCGGGCUUGCAGUCCGGACACGCCGUAUUGGACGGCAUUCGAGCUGUGAUCGAGUUUUCCGAGUUGAAAAUAGAUCGAGUCAAAGUGCGCGUGGUGGGUUACGGCUAUAGCGGAGGUGCGAUAGCGACGGGCUUCGCUGCGCAGCUAGCUCGGAGUUACGCUCCCGAUGUGGAAGCCAAAGUGCAAGGCUGGUGCCUAGGUGGACUGCCGGUCGAUCUGAAACAGAUCGCCACGCAUGUCAACAACACGCUCGUGGCUGGUGUGAUUGUUGGCGUUGUGCAGGGUCUGGCCAACACCUAUCCGCAGCUCCAGCAGUAUCUCGCCGAUAGCCUGACCAGUGCAGCGAGCAAGUACUUCUCUCAAGCAAAGUUGACCGGCUUUUGGUCCGUCGUUCGAGCUUCGGCAGGCGCAGAUAUCCUCGGCCUCAUCUCGGGCAACGCGAGCAGCGAUCCGAGCUACUUCAAGCCGACUUUUGAUCUGAUGACCGACAAAGUGCCAGCCAUGGUGAUGGAGGAGAACCGCAUGGGCGCUGAUCCGAAACAGGUGCCGCGCAAGCCGCUGCUCAUAGCUUGCAGUCUACACGAUGAGAUUGUGCCGAUCAAGGCUCCAGACGAGCUUGUAGAGAGGUGGGGUAAAGGUGGCGCGACCAUCGAGUACAUUCGGGACCAGCUGUCUGCGCAUGCUUUGCUUUCGUUCACAUCCUAUUCUGCUUGUGUGCGAUGGAUGGGAGACCGGCUGGAAGGCGAACCGAACGAGGCAAAAGCAGGCAAGCCUUGGAUCCGUAAUCUGACCACAACGCUGACGGAUGAUGGGGACGAAGAGCUGCUCGGCAAGCGUCGUUACGAUGACCUCAAAAAGACCUGCGAGAGACGUCAAAGGGAGAACUUUUGGUGUUGA